AUGGCUCCCGGCGCACUCCUGCAAGAGCACGACACCCGCACGGCGCCGCCAGUCUCCAAGGCAGCACCCGCAGAGUCCAACUUCACCAUCCCCUCGCCCUUCCCCAACCUCGUCAGCACCGACUACCCAGACUUCCGGGCCGAGCUGGCGGAGAAUGGCUUCGCCAUCAUCAAGGGCGCGAUCCCCCGCGAGCGGGCGGUCGGGUACCAGGAGAAGGCAUACGAGUGGAUCAAGUCGUUCCCGGGGGACCUCGACAUGAACGACCCGGAGACGUGGGUCGAAAAGAACCUGCCCAUGACCAACAGCAUCAAGGCGUACGCGUACUACUGCGUGAGCCACGAGAAGUUCUUCUGGGACGCGCGGCAGGAGCUCGGGGUGCUGGGGGCCUUUGCCAAGCUCUGGGGCACCGACGAGCUGCUCGUGAGCUUCGACGCCAUGAACCUGACAUUUCCAAACCGCAAGGACGUCCCCCGCCGCCCGACGUGGGAGCACAUUGACCAGAGCCCGAUGCGGCGCGGGGUGCACUGCGUCCAGGGCCUCAUGGCGCUGUCCCCCUCGGGCCCGGAGGACGGCGGGCUGGUCGUGUUCCCGGGCUCGCACAAGCUCAACGAGGAGUUCUUUGACACGCAGACGACCCGCGAGUCGUGGCUGCCCAUGAAGGACGUGCACGUCUUCUCGCGGGAACAGCUCGACUGGUUCGCCGCCCGCGGCGUGCACCCGCACAAGGUCUGCCUCGAGGUCGGCGACAUGGUCAUGUGGGACAGCCGCACCAUCCACUACGGCAGCGAGCCCACCGAGAAGAGCAGCCAGAUCCGGACAGCCCUGUACGCCACGUACGUCCCGGCCAGCCUCGCCAGCGCCGACCAGCUCGAACUCAAGAGGCAGGCCUUCGAGUCCUACAGCAGCACCACCCACUGGCCGCACCAGUACAUUGUCGCCCGCCCAAAUGUAGUCUAUCUCCCGGACGGUUCUCGUGAUCCCCGGAACCGGGACGGCCCCCUCGAGAGGCCGGAGAUGACGGACAAGCUGCUGAAGCUUGCAGGCGUGAUUCCUUAUUGA